CCCGAGCAGGUGAGGCGGGGAGCCGAGGCGGUCUGCGGGCGGAUCCCAGCGACUGCUCCCGCCCUGCCCCCGAGAGGCGACCUGAGCUCACCCAGCCCUCGGCAUGGACGGCCGCGCUCAGCAGACGGCCGCCCCGCCGCCCUCAGGAAAAAAAUCUAAAGCACCACCUCCUCCAUCUGAAACAAAAUUCAUUGCUGUUUCUACAUUUGAUGACACAGAAUCAGCCAACCCCGUCAUGGAACAGAAAGAGAAUGUAAUUGAUAAAGAUAUUGAACUAUCAGUAGUUCUGCCAGGAGACGUGAUCAAGUAUACUACAGUAAAUGGGAGGAAACCCAUGAUGGACUUACUGAUCUUUCUCUGUGCACAGUAUCAUUUAAAUCCAUCAAGUUAUACUAUAGAGUUGGUAUCAGCAGAAAAUAGCCAGAUAAAAUUUAAGCCCAACACACCAGUGGGAAUGCUUGAAGUGGAAAAGGUGAUUGUAAAGCCAAAACAAAUGGAUAAGAAGAAACCUGCUCCUGUUAUACCAGAGCAAACAGUAAGGGUAGUGAUAAACUACAAGAAGACACAGAAGACAGUAGUAAGAGUAAGUCCUCAUUCACCCCUUCAAGAACUCAUACCAACCAUCUGUAGUAAAUGUGAGUUUGAUCCUUCACACACCCUGCUGUUGAAGAAUUACCAAUCUCAAGAACCCCUCGAUGUGACAAAAUCUCUUAAUGACCUUGGUCUAAGAGAAUUAUAUGCCAUGGAUAUCAGUCGAGCCACAUCACCAGUUGAUUUAAAUUUACCGUCUUUGCAAGACUCCUACCAAUCUGAAAAUCUAGAUGUGCUGAAGGAGAAAGAAAACAAAGGAUUUUUCAGCUUUUUUCAACGAAGCAAGAAGAAAAGAGAACAAGCUGCCAGUGCCCCAGCAACUCCGUUGAUGAGCAAACCAAGGCCAACAUUUAUCAUGAGAUCUAACACCAUCAGCAAGCAGUAUGAUUCAAACACUUUGCCAUCUGAAAUGCCAAAGAAACGCAGAGCUCCCUUACCGCCUAUGCCGCAUUCUCAGAGUGCUCCCCAGGAACUUGCACAAGCCCAGGUCAGACCAGCAUCUGAAACUGUGAAAUCUAACAGCCUUGACAGGAAUGAACAGGCCCCUCCAGGAUUAGUACGGAAAGGUUCCCUGCCGCUCAGUGACACCGCUUCUGUCAACUCCUCUCUACGGAGGAUGAAGCGCAAAGCACCCUCACCACCCUCUAGAGCACCAGAACAUCAAAGUGAAAGCAGCAAUCAGACUGUAACAGUGCCAACAGAAUCAGCUCCUCCUAAAGUGGAAGAAGGAUCCACUGAAAUGCAGUCUGAAACAGGUGUAAAGAGCUCAGAAUACAGCCUGGGAGAAAUUGAUGAAAGGGAAGAGAUGAGUGUGCAACAGAGAGAGGACAGUGAAAGCACAAAUAACUCUCUUGGGACAGGAGAGAUUACUGCAGCCUUCAGCUCUGCUGAGGUACCACUGGAAAUGGAAAAAAAUGAUCCUGCUUCAUCAGCUUCAGUUCCCAGCAGUGUUUCUGUAGACAGCUCACAAAGCUUCAAGGAAGAAAAACAAGAAAAUAUGAGCACAGAUGGCAAAGGACUACAGACUAAGCUAAGCAGUGAGCAAGAUGCAUUUGAAAUAGACAGGAAGCUUAGAAUUUUGGAUCAACAUAGAAGCAAUGAUCACGGUGAUACAAAACUCCUUCCAACAACAGAAGAAGGGAAAGAACUUCAGACAGCUGAAAUUAAAACAGUAGAUUUUAGAGAAAAUAACAAGCUUGAAGUUGACAGACUAUCAAACUGCCAAGCAUGUAAAAAUGACGUAUCUGUAAGUCCUCCGAAUUAUCCUCAACUGGUUCCAGAAAAGCAAAACAGCUUGGACAUAGUGAAAACUCAGGAUGUUGCAAUUCAGACAGGUCCAUCAGAUAGCAAUUUGGGAAGGACUAAACAGAAAGAAAUUAUCAUUCCUCAAGGUUAUGAAUCACCCACAUUCAGAGGACUGACCACUCAAUACAGCACAGAUACAAACAGCCCACUUCAGGUGAGGCAUGGAGUACAAGAGGAUAAAGAUACUUCAACAGAACAAAAUCUUGAGAUACAAGAAGCAACCUAUGAAAAAGUAAUUCCCAUAAAAGAUCAGAGUCACCUUUGUAUGAAUGGAAGUAAUUUUGCUCCACCAGACACAACUGCAAAGACUCCAGACGGCUCUCCUGUAAGAGGACACCCUUUUUAUAGACAUGAUGCCAAACCUAAACCCAAGCCCGCUAAUGAAAUUACAAGAGAUUACAUACCAAAAAUUGGAAUGACUACUUACAAGAUAGUGCCUCCAAAAUCCUUAGAAAUAAUGAAGAGCUGGGAAUCAGAAAGUCCAUCAGAUUAUAAGGAUCAAGAGGUAUCUCCCUUGGAAAACUCUCUGAAGCAUGAAGAUCCUAAAGGACUCGCAGUGCAAGCUGAAGUUUCUCAUCUUCCAAAAAGUGUGGGUCAUUUACAGACUGAUUCAUCAAAUGAACCUGCAGCAGCAAAUAAUCUGCUGCACAGAGUGAACAGCCUUUCUGAACAUAUUUUGGUGUCUGGAGCUGAGAUUACUUCUGACAGCAACCGGUUGGAAAUAGUGUCUUCCAAACAGCGUGUCGCACCACUAAGCUUGGAUAAUACAAAUGCAUCUUCUGAGGCUCAGGACAAGUCAAAUGUACUAAGUCCUACAUCAAAGCCUAGUUCUUUUUAUCUGCAGAUGCAACGAAGAGCUUCAGGUCAUUAUGUGACAUCUGCAGUUGCCCGAAGUACUGUUGCUGCUCCUAAUUCCAUUCAAAAUGAAGUUAAAAAUACAGAGAUGGGAAAAAGAGUCUCAUCACCUGAUUCAACCUCUUUGUCUCUACAUAAAGCAAGUGCUUCUUUUCCUCCAGCAGAUGAAGGAGAAGUUGAUGAUGAAAAAAAAUUUGAAUCCCCCAUUUCACCUGUUAAAAGCAAUAAACCUUCAAGUGUCCCCUCCUGUCCACCAGCACUGGUGAACCUAAAAACUUUAAGAACUUUUGCAGUUCCAAAGCCGUACUCCAGUUCAAGACCAUCCCCUUUUGCUCUUGCUGUCUCAUCUGCAGUCAAAAGGUCACAGUCAUUCAGUAAGACCCGUGCAAUCACUAGCCCAGCACGGAGAGAGGAAUCUCCUGUUGAACUCUCCUCUGCCACUUCAGCAGCUGAAUCUUCCUUGGCUACCUCCAUGCCUCAAGUGAAAAGCCCUUCCUUACAAACUGUAACAGGAGGGGCACAAAAUAGUCUAAUGGAUAAGGAAGCCAGGAAUGUGAAUAGUGAGCAAAAGAGUCAGGUGCAAUCAGGUGCUUCCAGUGACCACCCACCGUCUAUCACUAAAAGACCAACUGCAAUGACGUUUCAGCACUCUGACCCAGAACAGAUCCAUCAGAGCUUGAUGGCUGCAAUCCGCUCUGGAGAAGCUGCUGCCAAAUUGAAAAGGGUCGGUCCUCCAUCAAACACCAUAUCUGUCAAUGGAAGAGCCAGGCUUAGUCCUUUGUAUUCCACAGAAGCAAAAACUAAUCACUAGAUAUUAUACUAAAUAUUUCGCACUUUACUACUGCUUCAUAGGCCGACUUAAUACUAACUACAGGUUUUUUGAAUGUGUAAAUGCAAGUAUAUGUUAAUAUAUUGUUGACAAUUGUUUUAGGAAUUUCAAGCUGGGUCUUUUGAUGCCUUGGAAAUAUUAUUAGAAUGUGUAAAUUAUAGUAAUAUUUUGCCUUUUUCUCUUUAUAAAGCUGACUAUGCUGCUAAAAAGAUUUAAGAGGAGGUGCAGAUGAGCUUUGCUUAUGUUAGAAGGAGAUUCAAAUAUUCUUAAUUUUAGCCUUCAAGAGUGAAAAAUAUGUAUGUAGCACUAUGCUGAAAUUACAGAUUUAAAGCAAUCUAAGAAUUUUUGAUCAUUAAUUUCCAGUUCUGUAUUACAUUAAUGGAUCUGAACUGAAAUCUAUCACAUGCUGCCUCGAUAUUACUUUGUUAAAUUAAAUUUGUUAUUAGUAGAAGAUCUUAACGAUAUGUAA